UAAAAGAAACCUCAAAGGCUCCCUCAAAAGUUGAACUUUUUCUUCACACAGCUUUUGAUUCAAAUUUGAAGGUGAAUAGUGUUCUUUUUCAAGGUUUUCAAGGGAGAGACUCAGAGAUCAGAGCGGGGUUUUUGAGGGAUUUUCUCAGUGGUGGAAAGUGCACAGAAAAUGGGUGAAUCUGCUUGUCUCAGAAGAUCAUUUUCUGACAGUUCCAGUGAUCCUAGAAUGGGAGAUGCCAUCCGUGCCCUAGGAGAUUCGAUCUCAUUUGGGAGAUUCAUGUCUGAAUCCUUGGCAUGGGAGAAAUGGUCAUCUUUCUCUCAGAACCGCUACUUAGAAGAAGCUGAAAAAUUUUCCAAGCCUGGUUCUGUUGCCCAGAAAAAAGCAUAUUUUGAAGCCCAUUACAAGAGAAUAGCUGCCAAGAAAGCAGCCGAAGCAGAAGCAGCCGCUAAUGAUUUUCCGGAACCAGAAGCUUUAGAUGAGAUUCACAAUACCUCCUCAGAUGAUUUGGACACUGUGAAAGAGAACAGUCACAUGAUAAUUGAUGAAUCAGAGGGACAAGAAGCCCUUAAUACUAAUACAGUUGUGGAUGAGAUCCACAAUAGCUCCUCAGAUGAAUUGGACACUUUGAAAGAGAAUAGCCCCAUGAUUAUUGAUGAACCAGAGGGACAAGAGGAGGCCCCAAUACUCAGGUAG